UCCCGUCCCCAACUAGUUUGAAAUACUAAACCCAACCAUUUGAAAUGGAAAUUAAAAUAUACAACAAACUACCAAGGCAAAACUUAACCCAAUUUCCAGCGUGAGAACUCGGUUUUGACGUCAUGUCGCUAUAGGGCGGAGAAAAGGCGUAUUCUUCAGCACGUACAAGGAAGGAAAAUAAUCGGUGCAAGUCAGUGUAUAAUUUAUAAAAAAACAGUGCUCACAGCACCGAGACAAAAAUAUGAACAAUAGACAAGACAGAAGUGCCCCUGGACAAACUCACGACAGAAAAAAAAGUGGAGGACGGUCACGUAAUCCAAGGCAUCACCAACAUCAGGAUCCAGAUGUCCAGCUUUCAAAAGCUUUGUCAUAUGUUCUUCGACAUGGAGCAGCUAAGUUGGGGUUUCAGAUGAGUAGUGAUGGGUUUCUGUAUGUUGAAGAAAUUCUUUGCCAUCCACAGUAUAAACGCUACUCAGAAGCAGAUAUUCAGAGAAUUGUGGAAACAAAUGACAAGUGUAGGUUCUCCCUUCGCAAGCAUCCUACAGAUGGUAGGCUUCAAAUUCGAGCAAAUCAAGGACAUACAGUACAGGUAGAAGAUUUAGAGCUAACCCCUAUUGAAAUCUCAAAUAUGCCUGAAAAUGCUGUCCAUGGCACUUACAUGCGCAACUGGCCCUCCAUAAAGGAGCAGGGUUUGUCACGUAUGUCACGUAUGCACAUCCACCUUGCUCCAGGACUGCCUGGGGAAGAUGAGGUAAUAAGUGGUAUGAGAAAGAAUUGUGAUCUGGCCAUUUUUAUAGAUAUUUCAAGAGCGAUAAAUGAUGGAAUAAACUUUUUCUGGUCUGCUAAUAAAGUAAUUCUAACUCCAGGGAAUGAAGAGGGAAUAAUACCAAAAAAAUAUUUCCAGAAAGUUCUGCAGCUUAAACCUUUCAGGUGUGAGCUUCCACUUGUAUGAUUAUUGAUAUGAGAACUAUGUUCGUCUUAUUCUGUGUGGUGAUCCAGCCUUGAAGACUUUUGAUUAACAUGUCUGUAAACUAGUGACACCUUGUUUGCUAAUCAAAACAUUGACUGCUUUGUUACAAUGUGUUUAGCUAUUUUUUUUCAUAUGAGGAUGCUCUGGAAUGUGUUGUACGAUUUAUAUUUCCUCGAGGAAAGAAAGGACCCCCACCACCAGCACAGAGCAGUGCUGAAAAGGCAGAUAUCGUACAAAUAAAUGAAUUGGGAAAAAAUACAUGUAUUCUACGUAGCAAGAUGCUGUUGGAUAAGUGCAAACUUCCAAGGUAAUGAACCAUUACAGCCAUAUAACUACUGCUGUACUGUGCCUAAAAAAGUUAGGUCUAGAAAGUGUCUCAUUAUUGUGAGCUUUGAGUGACACAGUACCUAACUACACUGAAUAUAUAUCAGCCUUUUUGUCAUUUAGGUCAGAAUAAUAUUCUAGAAUAUACUUGCUAUGUAAAUAGGUACAUUCUUAUCUGAUAUUCUUGGAAUUUAAAAAUAAAGACAGAGCUCUGCAUUA